UUCCCCAGAUUUUGGAAACGACGACGGAAGGGGAGAAGCCUGGCGGCCCGCCGAGAAAUCUCAAGGUGGAUCCUGUCACCUCGACCGAGUUCAACGUCACCUGGGACCCACCCGAUCACGAUUUAUGGAACGGGGAGAUACUCGGUUAUCACAUCGGAUACAAGGAACAUAGGUUGGGGUCGGAUCAGUACACGUAUAGAACGGUGGAAAGGCGAAUCUCGACGGCGAGCGUGGCCCUGGGCCUGGCCAGGAUGUCUAUGCCCGGCACGCAAUACCAGUUGACGAACUUGAAGAAGUUUACGAGGUACAGCGUAGUGGUGCAGGCGUACAACGUGCUCGGCCAAGGUCCCAUGACACCGGAAGUGGUCGCCACCACCCUCGAGGACGUGCCGAGCAGCCCGCCGCAAGACAUCCGUUGUACAGCGUUAACCUCGCAGUCGCUCCAAGUCUCGUGGGACGCGCCCCCCGACUCGAGUCUGAACGGUAUACUGAAGAGCUACAAGGUGAUAUGGGAGAACAUGAACGUGCUGACCGAGUCGCCCAAGUCGGAGACGAAGAUCACCAGUGCCUUGACCGUGGUGAUCCACGGCCUCGAGAAGUACACGAAUUACUCUGUCCAAGUGUUGGCCUCGACCAGGGCCGGGGACGGCAUCGCGUCCUCGUCGCUGUACUGCGUCACCGAGGAGGAUCUGCCCGAGGUGCCUGCCGGCGUGAAGGCCGUGGUCAGGUCGGCCACGUCGAUUAUCGUGUCCUGGCAGCCGCCGCUCAGGAGCAACGGGAAUAUCACGUCUUACAACGUCCACAUCCGGUGGGUAAGCCCGGAGGGAAAAUGGUACAAGCGGUCGUUGCCUCCGUAUCAGACCAGCUACCAGGUGGAGAGUUUGCACAAGAAGAAUCAGUACGAGUUCAGCAUCGCAGCGGUGACGUCGGUGGGCGAGGGGCCUCAGACGCAACUCGUCACGGUUUCGCUUUCCAGCGAAGUCCGUGCGGCGAUAUAUUCGUUCGGGACGGUAUUGGUCGUCCCGUGGAAACAGAACGUGACGUUACCGUGUCAGAGCGUGGGGAACCCCGAGCCGUCGGUGACAUGGAAACAAUGGGGGCAGAUAGUGAAAUCGUCGAGCAGGGUGUCCUUGUUAUCGGAAGGCUCGCUCCAGAUCAUGGAUCUUCAUAGGGAGGACAGUGGAAAUUACACUUGCUACGUGAAGAAUCGUCACGGAUCCGAUCAGAUCACGCAUCGUUUGACCGUGCAAGGUUAGGUUCACAAUUCCUUUUUCUAAAAUAU